AUGGCACCUUCCUCUCUCUUCUGUCCUCUCGCCCGCGAGGGCCCCUCCGCAGGCUCGCGCCCUUCCUCCGCCACGUCGACUUCGUCAGCGCAUCUUGGGUUCUCGUCCGUCUCCUCGUCUCCUUCGUUUUCGUCGUUUUCAUCGUUUUCUGUUCUUCUGGCUUCGAGGUCUUCUCUCGCGCGCGAGGCCUCAGCCUCUGCCUGUGGGACGGCGCCAGCGGCCCCCGUUCAGGGCGCAUCUGGUUUUUCGUCUUCUUCUCCUCAUAUCCUUCUGCGGCGCAGCCUCUCGCCAGCGGCGUGUGCCUCGUCUGCGCCGGCGGAGGCUGCUGCUGCGCCCGUGCGGCGGCCUCUCUCAGGCGCACUAGAGCAGACAUCCGGCGGCGGCGUGUCGCCUCAAAGUGAGCAUGUCGAGGCGAGACGCGCGCGGAUGAACUCGGGCAUCGCGGGGGCCGUCAGCGGCAUCGCAUGCGCAACCAUUCUUCAGCCUCUUGACGUAAUCAAAACGCAGCAGCAGCAGCAGCAGCCGCUUUCUGUGGGCGGCGCACGGCAGUCGCCGUCGGCGUGGGAGGCGUGCAAACGGAUUCGAGGGAUGUGGGGUUUCCCCGGGUUUUUUCGGGGGCUGUGGCCCUGUUUGAUUCGCGUCGGGCCUGGAACCGGAAUUUACUUUUACUCCCUCGAUCUGCUGACUGGCUCUUGGUCGUCCGUCUCCGCGCUCUCGCAGAAGGCCGCGCAGCUCGCGGGCGCCGCCGCGCCCGCAGCAGAGGGCCCUCGCGAAGAGACGCCGCCCGCGCGCGAGAGAGACACUGCGCAGCGGCUCUGUGAGGAGGAGGUCGCGAUCUUCGGCGCCGCGGAGGCAGCCGCGGCGCUGGACAGCUUGCUCGAGGGCGAAGCAGAGAGGCGCCUGGCGCCCGGCGAGAUCGCAGAGGCCGCCGGCGAGAUCGCAGAGGCCGCCGGCGAGACGCGGCGGCGUCCCACGACGGCUGGAAGAGGAGCGAGAAAAGACCUCGAAGAGAAGGCCCCGCCCUGGUACAACGCAGCCGUCGGCGCAGUCGCCAGAGGCUUCGCCGUCGUCUUCUUCAACCCCAUCACUGUCGUCAAAUCGAGAGUAGAGAGCUCCUGGAUGUCCUCCCGGUCGGCGCCGCCGAUUCGCACGGUGCUCGCGGAGAUGUGGCGCGCCGAGGGCCCUGCGUCGUUGAUGCGCGGGGCGUGGCCGACGGUGUUGCGCGACGUGCCUUUUUCGGGGAUUUUCUUCGGCCUGUACAUGUGGCUGCGCACGCAAGCCGGACUGGAGGGGGGGCGCGCGGACGUCUCGUGCUUCGCACUGAGGAACUUCUGCUGCGGCGCCGCAGCCGCAGCCUUCGCGUCCGCUGUGACGCAUCCCUUCGACGUCGUUCGCACGCGCAUUCAGCUCCACGGGCUCUGCAUGGCCCACCACGCCGGCGACCGCGCAGCCGCGCCGGCGCAGACGCCCCGCGCAUCAUCGUCGGGCGCGGCGCCGCGCCCGACGAUGAUGCGCAUGAUGCGCGGCAUGGUGCGCGAGGAGGGUCUGCUGGUGCUGUGGAGAGGCCUCGGCGCGCGGCUCGCGAAGCGGUCCUUGAUGUCCGCCAUGACGUGGACUUCCUUCGAGGAACUCAAGAUCUUUUUGACCGAACUCAAACGAUGA